AUGAGGAGGUCAUCCAAAGGUUCGGGUGCGGCGCUCAAGAAGAAGGAAGCCGGCUUGGGGCCGCCCAACGCGUCGCAGACACAGGAGAAGGAGAAGCGGGCCGCCCCAAUGAAGAAGCGCAAGCAAAGUGGGAGAAGCGGGAAAAGUGGAAAAAGUGGGAAAAGCGGGCAGCGGAACGAAGCCAAUCUGACCAAGCCCGCCAAAGCGAGCGCUGACUCCUCGCAGUCCACCACAUCAACGCAGUCGCCCCCCUCGAGGCGACAUGGAGAGGGGCCCCACCAAAAAGAUAAGAACCCCGGGGGGAAUAAGAACACGAUGAAGAAUCACCCAAACGGUGCAGUCGUGAGAGAAAAAAUGGAAGCUGCGAAGAAGGAACCGAUUAAGAGAGAAGGGGGAGGGUGCUUCCUAUGUCUCUGCUGUGGCAACAAUGAUGACGAUGAUGUGCUGAAUGAACUUACUUUGGAGGAUGAAAGGGGCAGGGAAGAGGCAGAGCGAGAAAAAAGGAAAAAGGAACAGGAGGAAGAGGAGGAGAGGCAAAACGCAAGGGAACGGGAACGACUGAGCAUGCUGGAGGAGGAAGACCUGAUGAAGCGUCUCCUCGAAGCAGCGGCAAAAAGCAAGACAGAAGAAGAGGAAAAAAAAAUUGAAGAUUUGGAAAAACCAAAGGAACAAACAAAAAGAGGUUCCCUUCUAAUCAUAAAAGAUAGGAAGCCUAAAUUGCUGCAGAAGAAAAAGCCCAAGUUUAGUUUCCUUGGAGCAGCAUCAGCCCCUCCCCCCCCUGAGGCCUCAGCGUGUGUAGGACCCCCACCAGAAGUGAAAGAAACAUCCGUGCCAGUAAGAGAGGGAAUCUAUUUAAUAUACAGUGAGGAAAACAACGGACAACUAGAAUUACAUUAUUCCAAACAACCCAUAAAAGGGAGAGGAGUAUUAGCCUACAUAUUCUCAAGUACCAUUCCGGAUUUUUAUUUUGGGAAGAACAAAAUGAAAGAGAUUUUACUGAAAGAUGUUGCGAAGCUAAUGCAGAGUAGCUAUGUGAAUGAUUUAAAGCCUUACUACGAGUGUGUAAUUAACUUUAUAAAGAUAAAAAAGAAAUUCAACGGCGUUUUGUACUUCUUGCCUGCCUUCGAUGCCCAGCCCCCCCCCAAACUGGACGUCAUAUUUUUCGACUCCAAGCAGAAGAAGCUGCACUAUGCCCCCAUCGAAGAGGAGAUCGAAUUCAGGGGCAACUUCAUUUUCGUCAUCCAGAAGGGGCUGCCAAUAUUCCAGGAGGAAAUCGAGACGGAGAAGCUCUGCUCCUACGCGUGCAGCUUCGGGGCGUUUCAGUGCAUCCAGUGA